CACUCAACACGUUUCAAACUAAUGGUGCCUUCGAGGACAGUCACAAAUGUUAGCUUCCUAAAACGAGAAACUUCCUAAAUCGAGAAACAACUUCAAGAUGUUUUUAGUCGCAUAGAACUCUGCAUUUUAGAAGUUUUACUAUUCUUCCGGGGGAUCCUGAAAUGAAGUGAUUUCCUCAAUCGGCUUCAGAAGUUCUACCUGUGGCGCUGUUGUGACACUGUCAGCAGAACGAGCGGUGAACACAACAACAGUUCAGAGUCGUGAGAUCAGCAGCAAUGGAGGAGAAACCCAGCAGUUCUGCCCACAGACCGUUUGAAGGUCCGGAUCCAGACCCAGGAGGAGGGCCGGGGACAGCAGCAGCAGCUCCACCAUGUGACCAGAGCCCAGAGAACCUGAUCGGCAGACAGCUCAGUGAACAGGGCCGCUUCGCCUAUGCAGCUCUGUGUGGCGUCUCCCUGGGCCAGAUGUGUAAAGGACAUGGGAACAGUGUGUUCAGGGAACAGUACCUGAAGGGACUGGUCCGCUGGCUGGACCUGGACGAGUCGGUGAUGCCAGUCAUGGGGGCUUUCCUGUCAGGCCUGGGCUUUGAGGGCUCCGACACUUUCCUCUCCACCCUACAGGCUGAACCUCUGCUGGCCACAGGGGCCACCCCUAUCAUACAGGACUUGGUGUCUUUUUCUGUCAAAGAUGGCCAGUACGAUGCCAGAUCAAGGGUUCUCAUCCGUCAUGUCAGCUUUCUGCUGCAAGUCUCUCCACGGCAGCUGGAGGACUUUGAGGGUACACUUGGAGAGAGGCUGAAGGAAGCAGGAGAAGAGAGCGAAGAGGAGUCCACUCGGCGGAUCAGGAGAGAACGAGGACGGAAGUUACGACGUUACCUUCUCAUUGGACUGGCCACUGUUGGCGGAGGAACUGUGAUUGGUGUGACAGGUGGGCUGGCCGCCCCUUUGGUGGCAGCAGGGGCCGGUGCUGUGCUGGGGGCCGGCGGGGCUGCUGCACUGGGCUCAGCUACUGGGAUUGCAAUAAUGGCCUCUCUGUUUGGAGCAGCAGGGGCUGGACUGACUGGCUAUAAGAUGAAAAAGUGUGUUGGAGCAAUAGAGGAAUUUGAAUUCCUGCCACUAAGCUCUGGGAAGCAUCUUCACCUGACCAUUGCAGUAACAGGUUGGCUCUGCGGUGGUAAAUACAGUUCGUUUCAAGCCCCGUGGUGCAGUCUGGGUGAAUGCGGGGAACAGUACUGCCUGGUGUGGGAGUCAAGUUUCCUCAGGGAACUGGGCUCGGCCAUGGCCUCCCUGUUGGACGGUCUGGUCAGCAUGGUGGCCCAGGAGGCUCUGAAGUACACAGUGCUCUCAGGCAUCGUGACGGCUCUGACGUGGCCGGCGUCCUUGCUGGCAGCAGCCAGCGUCAUUGACCACCCCUGGUGCAUCUGUCUGAACCGCUCCGCUGAGGUGGGGAAGCAUCUGGCGCAGGUUCUGAGAAGCAGACAGCAGGGGAAGCGUCCUGUCAGCCUCAUAGGAUUCAGUCUUGGGGCAAGAGUUAUCUACUACUGUCUGCAGGAGCUUGCCAAUGACCAAGGGAGUGAAGGCGUAGUGGAGGAUGUGGUCCUCCUGGGGGCCCCAGUGGACGGCUCCGAAAAGGCCUGGGAGAGAAUGGCAAGGGUAGUGGCUGGAAAAAUAGUUAAUGGAUACUGCAGAGGGGACUGGCUCCUGGGGUUUUUGUACCGCAGUUCAGCAGCACAAUUCUCUGUUGCUGGGCUACAGCCAAUAAACAUCCAGGAUCGGCGCAUAAUCAAUGUGGACCUUUCCUCCGUGGUAAAAGGUCACUUGGACUACAUGCGUCAGAUGGACACCAUCUUGGUGGCGAUCGGAGUUCCAACCAAAGAAGUGCCAGGAGCCUCCUUCGCUCAUCCCCAGUCCCUGAAGGUUAUAAAUGGGGCAGUGUACAUUCCUGACCAAGUGACUGAAACACAAAAACCAGCUGAGGAGACUGAGACGGAGAAAAGUGGAGACCUGAAGGAGGACGAGGAGAAUGAGGAGGAGUCAGGUGACGGUUGGGAUAUCGCCGAUAUCUCUGACCUGCUUGAUCAGAGUCAGAUCUCCGACACAGAAUCAGAGAAUCAUAUCGCAGACAGGAACAAUUUACCACGAGCAUCUGAGGAGGACACUGACGAUGGCUCGGCAUCUGCUUCUAAUGCACAGUGUGACGGCGUAGAGGAGGCCGACCCGGAUAAGGAACACACAUCAUGGAGCUGGGAUGAUACACAAUGGACAACAUAGCCCCCGCACGAACAAAGGCAGCAAAACUUGUAAAGAGCAUGUUAGUGGACCAGCUGCUUCCCUGUAAGCUCUCAUUCUCUGAAGCUGUUGGAGAAAAAAAUGAAUUCCCUUUGCAACAAACUGACACGCGAGAGACGGCACAAGAGGCGAUGCACACAUAUGGCAGCUUCAAGUGACAAACCCCAGAAAGACUGCUUUGUUUAAGCACUAAAUGUUGUUUGUUUUUGAUGUAUGUGAUAAUUCAAUAACAAUUUAGAUUUUUGCAACUGAAACAGAUUUUUUUUAAACUGUAAAUAAUGUGAGAAUUUAUUUUCUAAACUCGAUGUGAGACCAUAUACCUGAGAACACUGUGUGUGGUUUGCAGGAUUCAGUGGAUGCCACUUUAUAGGUGAUUUCUCAUCCCUCUCUUCAUUCGUUGCUUGGUUGCUAUGGAUAUUAUCACAGUAAUUUGAUUUCCAUAAGGCCGCGGGCAAUUCUGUGAAUGUAUUUUCUUCAAGGCCUUUUCUUUCUCUAUUCCACCGGCACUAUUGUGAGGCCCUGCUUACUUAACAGCCAACGUAGAGAGUUAAUAUUGCCAAUAUUGUUUACAAGCCCCGAUAACUGGAAAUAGCCCUGACAUAUUAACCCUGACAUUUGUUUCCAGACACAUUUCACACUUUGAAAGUUACAUAUAAGUUAAGGUCGAGAUCAUUCAAUCUGUGUUCAUUGUUUUUCUGUGAACAUGAAAAACACGUUUUUAAAUGUGAAUUUGUUUUAACUCAAGGUCAGUAAAUCCUGAACUGUGCCAGUCUCA